AUGACCAAACACAGCCUCUGGAGUCAACAGGAUAUCUGGGUCCAGGGUGUCCUUCCAUUCUUGGGUACGGGACAGUAUGCUUUUGUGGGAGCUGUCAACAAGCAGUUGAAUCUGUACUACAAGCUUUACUGCUCUGCUGUGUUGGAGCAAUCUCCGUUGUAUGUCAGAGAUGCUCGGUUUGGUCCCCGAAGACGUGCAACCUGCACCGUCACCUAUUUCUGUGCGGCGUUUUACAAUGUUUCCUGUGCUCACUAUUGGAAGUCGGAUGGUUCCAACUACAAACAUCCCAAGCAUGACUUUGUCAGUGAUCAAAUUGCGAAACUGGGGAAUCUUGCCGUUCUUCAGUGGGCCUUUGAAGAAGGAUUUCCAAUGAGGUUCUCCACUAGCUAG